AUGUCAAGUACCUUGACGCAUUACCUUGUUGCUAAGGCUGGCGAAGCGACGAUUUAUAUGGCGACAUACACCACUGCCGAGCCUAGCAUUGGCGAACUGCGAUACAUCGCGCGUCUCAAGAGUAGUGCUCUGCCACUUGAGUACCCAUUCGGCGUGGUAUCGACAACCGUUGGUUCGACGUCGACUGUUGAGGGGUCAGACGUCUUCGUGGUCGCUGGUCAGACGAGGAGUAAAUUCUACUCAAGUGAGCGCUUCAUCGACGACAAUACGGUGGGUACCACAGUCAGCAUGCUUCAAUGGGCUUUCACUGACACAAUAAAGCACUGCGUCUACCGAGACGGUGCCGACGCAGUCCACGCCUGCUUCCUCAUGAACUCUUAUUCUUACGAAGGCUCCUCUGGUGGCCCCUUCCACCGCGAUAUCAACACUAAUAACGGAGGGGAAUACACAUCAUUGACCUUCUACAUGAACAGUGGUCAUGUUCAAACAGAGCAGUUCCGUCAGGGCCUGCACGGCCCUUACGCUCUAGCGUUCAGUCGCUCUGGUGUACCAGAAGGUGGCUCCAAUAUGGAUACGACGUUCUUCAAGGACCUUGGUAUAACGGGCUACGUGGCUCCAUCCGCUAGGGGAACAGUCACCGGCACGGCGACAGGCGUAGGCUCCAGUUUCCAACGGGUAUUGCAUUGGUACAACGAUGCAGCCCAGUACUGGGCGUACGCCGAUAGUAGUGGCAAGUUCACUUCGCCAGCAAUGAAGCCCGGAAACUACGCGCAGGUCUUAUAUCAAGGUGAAUUCAAGGUCAAGGCAGCUAGCGUCACAGUCUCGGCUGGAGAAGCAACUACCGCCAACAUUGCCGCCGACACCGAAACCAAGACCUCCAUUUGGCGCAUUGGCGAGUGGGAUGGUCAGCCAAAGGGCUUCCGAAACGCAGACAAGCAACUGCGCAUGCACCCCACAGACUCGCGCAUGGCAUCCUGGGGGCCCUUGACGUAUACAGUUGGUUCCAGCACUCUUGACAGUGUUCCCAUGGCCAUAGUCAAGGACACCAAUCCCCUUACGAUCAAGUUCUCGAGCACCUCGACUGCAGCAGCGACCCUUCGCAUCGGUACUACGCUCUCUUUCGCCGGCUGCCGUCCCUCGGUGACAGUCAACAGCUUUAAUGCUGCCGUCCCUGCGGCGCCAACGAAGAUCGAUUCGCGUGGCUUGACUCGUGGCGCCUACCGAGGGUUUGGUGAAGUCUACAAUUAUGCCAUACCAGCUGGCACGUUGGUCAGCGGGAGCAAUACUAUCAAGAUCAACUGUGCGAGUGGGAGUUCGGGAGAAGGAUUCCUGGCCCCGAACGUGAUUUUGGAUGCGAUAGAGCUGUUCAAGUAG